AUGGCUACACGGUGGCGUUCUUUAUUCUAUUGUUACAUUGUAACAAACCGGGGCAGAGGCGAGGAAAAGGAGGACGUCAAUCGGAUAAAAUUCUGUAACAUUUUGACAUUUCUGUACCAAAUAAGGCGAGGGGGGAUAACGGCCAUUAUACUUGAAGAAAAACGACGUUGGGCCGGUUGAAACCGCUCUUGAAAAGAAAGGAUAAACGAAUACAGAUGUCAGCGGAUGCUCUUCCAAUGCAAGCAUUUAAAGGCUCAAACCUGGAAGAUAAGGCAUCCGGCAGUUAUCUCCCUUUUUUUUUUUUUUUUUUUUACAACUUAGCAGAAAAUAAUGUCAAUAGCCUAAUAAAUGUUAACUAAACUUGACGUCCUUCUUUCCCACCGUCUGCCCCGGCUAUACAGGAUUGCUACGUCAAAGUUAAAUGGAACAUACACUCCUGGAAGCGACCAUAAAUACAUUUCCUUUAUGUAGUCCAAUAUCUGCUUGAAGUCGGUGUAGCCUACAAAUGCAGAAAUAAGCAUUCAUGCUGAACAAAUUAACAGUUGUACUUAAAAACAAUCGUUAGCCUAACAUUAAAUCUCGAAAGAAAGAAGCUAAGACUGUCAGGGAAAAAUAUUUGGAAAAAAUCUAAAAUAGGGCGUUACAAGAUCCAUGAACAAUCCUCCGUGAAUAAAAGGAACGUUCAGCAGUUGAUCGGGAGAAGAGGAUCCUUUUUCUGCUUAAGACGCCAAGUUUCCAUGGAGGCAGUUUCGUCUCUCAGCCUCAAGCGAAGAUUCGAGGAGGUGGACAGUGGCUCUCCAUACUCUACGCCCAAGGACUCAGACGAUGAUAUCUCCAGCAGUGACAGCGCUGACAGCUGUGAUAGCCUCAACCCCCCCUCCAGUACUGCACUCAUACCGACCUCCAUCCUAAGACGUCACAAGCCCUCUCCAGGCCGGAAGCGGGUGCGGUUUGAUGUGGUGACGGUAUACUACUUCCCCAGGCAGCAGGGCUUCACCAGCGUGCCCAGCCAGGGAGGCAGUUCCCUGGGCAUGGCUCGCCACCACUGCUCCAUCCGCAGCUACACCCUGGGAGAGUUUGCCUGCGAGCAGGAGACCAGUCACCGCCACGCCCUGCGCCAACACCUCCGCCAGGAGAAGCUCAACGCUCGCAAGAUGAAGCUGACACGUAAUGGUACGGUGGAGUGUGCCCAGGCUGACCUGCUGACCCUCGACAAUGUAUCAGACGAUGACCUUGACGUGGAGGGGGUGGAGGUGGAUGACUGCUUCUUCCUGCAGCCACUGCCCACCAAACGGCGCCGCGCUCUCCUCAGGGCUUCUGGUAAUGCCCGCAUAGAUGCCCGGGAGAAGGCUGAGCUUCGGACCAUCAGGCUGUCCAGGGAGGAGUGUGGCUGUGACUGUCGUUUCUACUGUGACCCCCGCCACUGUGGCUGCAGCCAGGCUGGCAUCAAGUGCCAGGUGGACAGGAUGUCUUUCCCCUGUGGCUGCUCUCGGGACGGCUGUAGGAACUCGGCGGGCCGCAUCGAAUUCAAUCCUCUGCGCGUGCGAACACACUACCUGCACACCAUCAUGAAGCUGGACCUGGAGAAGAGGAGGCUGUUGGGGCAGCGGUCGGGUGUUGGGGAGCAGUAUGAGUCUGACCUGCUCUCCUCCCCCUCCUCCACCAGGCCUCCCUCCCCAGACCCUGACCUGUCCACAGGGGCCCAUGGCCUGGACUCUGAGUUAGAGACAGAGGAGAGAGAGGUCCAGAUGGUCCUGGAGGCUCAGGACCUCCUGACUGAGCAGGCCUGCCUGGAGCGGGAGAACGAGAUCGCCGUGCUCCACCUGCAAAGUGCCGAGGAGCAGGAGAGGAUGAGGGAGGAAGAGGAAGAGGAGGAGGCGCAGAGGGGCAGGGGGGGAGCAGGUAGCCUGGGGGAGCAGGCUCUGUGCCUCCUGCCUGGGGCCCUGCAGGGGGAGCUGUCUGGGGAGCAUGGGGUGGGGGUUGGGAUGGAGGGGGUCCCUAUCUCCCUCCUCCAGGGCCCAUUCCCCACUGGGGCUACCCUGCUCUGUAUCACAGAGAACCAGGAGGGAAAUUGGGAGGGGGAAGGGGACAACCCUCGUGGUGGCCUCAAAGACCCGGCCUCCUCCCUGCUAUACUACCAGUUAGGUCCCAUGGAGAACGAGCCGUUUGAGGAGUCUCAGCCUGUGGAGGAGGAGGAGGAGGAGUGUGUAGAUAAAGAACCAGGGGGAGGAGAGGAGCAAGAGAGGGUGGAGCAUAGAGGUAUUACCUGCGGGCAGGAUGAGGGCGAGUUUUCGCCUCCGGUGGCUCUGUGCUCAGAGAAUGGUGUGGGGGCUGAGGAGGCUAAGGAGGUACCAUUCAGCCCCCAGCAGAGCUCCUCAGAAGGGCAGUGUCAGGAAGUGGCCUGUCUGGCCACAGGAGAUAUGUACCCACCACUGCCCCCUGAGGUGUAGUACUAGCACCUCUGCAGAUGUUUUGCACAUUAGCUUUAUUUUGAGCUGAAUAAAGCCUACACUACAUGGAUAGACAGUGUAGUUAUCAAAAAUGAGUAUGAUGUUACAAGGUUAGAAUUCCUAAUAAUAACCAUCAUUACUACGAUAAUCGAUUUGAAAAAAAUGAGCAGUUCCAUUAAAAACUAAAGUAAAGGAGGGAAAGUCAUCCUGAAAGCACACACAGAUCUUUCCCUGCAGCAGUACUGUCGUUUCAGUUAUAUGUCAAUGAAAUGCUCUUAUUUUAAAGGGGUGGAGAUCAUGGGACCUGUCCCAAAUGGCACCCUUUUCCCUUUUAUAGUGCACUACUUUAGACCGUGCCCAUAGGGCUCUGAUCAAAAGUAGUGCACUACGUAGGGAAUAUGGUGCCAUUUGGCAGCCAUUUUGGCCUUAACGAAAGAAAUGACAUGUUUGUGUGGGAGGUGUAAUUGAGUCAUUGAGAACUAAGUUGUGUUGUUUUUAGUUCCCGGCACCACAAAGAGACAAUGUGGUGGUGUGAUCAUUAACAUUGGCUCUGGGCCUUUUCAUUUAAAAAAUGUUUUUAACCUUUACAAUGACAGCUUACCGGGGAACAGUGGGUUCCUGCCUGGGUCAGGGGCAGACCUUGUCAACUCGGGGAUUCGAUCCAGCAACCUUUUGGUUACUGGCCCAACGCUCUAACCACUAGGCUACCUGCCGCUCCUCAAGGGAGCAUUUCAGAAUCAUUCAGUGGAUUCGAGUGGCUUGAUUAAACAAGGGAAAGGGGGAUACCUAGUCAGUUGUACAACUGAAAGGAGGUGGGGUUAAGAAGAAUAUGUGCCCUGUUCUAUACUGUAGACCGAUAAAAUAAACAACAGUUGUCUUAAAAAAGUGUGAGUAUUUAGUGAGCAUUGUAAACGUCACGUUAGUCUGGUAUACUUCUUACAGCUGUUUGUUUUGAAGCCAAAUUAGGGCCACUGGUAGUAUCUAUUCCCCACCUCCCCCUCUGACUGAGAAUAGACCUAAAAAACAAUCCUGGAUAUACUUGUUUUUGGUGUACUGUAUAAGAGUUUGCAAUGGGCAAGGCAGAGCUGAAAGAGCUGCUUGUAUGAUCUAUAUGCACUUUGUGGUCAAUUAGCAUAGGCACAGGGUAAUAUGGGCCCCUUUCUGCAUUGGGGCAAAAUGGUAAAACAUUUGUUAAAAUCAGAAGGUUUGCACCGGCUUCUCUUUCUAAAUAGCGUCUCUCCGGGUAUACCUAUCUUAGACCUCUCACGCAAGCACAGUUUAUUUAUUAAAAGACAGUUGACCUAUAAUAGUGACCAUUACAAUGUUAUAGUGAUAUAUUACACUUCGUCUUUGUAAAAUUGUGAUGCUGUUGAUAUUGAGCGCAAGAAGUCUUUGAUCUCUGUUUUAUGCACGACUGAAAGAAACCUGUCUUUGUUUUUAGUUAGCAUGUCAGAUCAUCGUACAGGUGGUCAGAGUCCAUGUGAGGAUGGGACAGAAUAGACCUCAUAUAAUGAGUCUGUAGGGGCAAAGCUCUACACUGUAAAAACAAAUCUAGUUCUUUCAACUAAUUAUUAUUAAGUAACUGGUUCCACAGCUGUUUUUGUGUUUACCUUUUGUGCCAAGUGGUACCUGAACCCCAACAAAUGUAAUAUACAACAAAUUGUAUGUUAAAAGCACGUAGCGCUUUUAUCAUACAAUAUUUUCAAUUGACAUAUUUGACACAAGUUGAAAUACAUGAUUAUAUUGUGCAUGUUCAUUCAUACAGUAAUUAAUAUUCAACAUGGCCUCAGCUGGGGUUGAAAAUUACAACCUCUUGGUGCACGGAAUUAUAAUCUACCUGCUACACCACCUUGUCUGUCACAAUGACUGAUGUUUUGCUACACCUUGCACUUCAAAGUAAAUCUCAGUUUGAAUCUAAAUGUACACUCAAUAAAAACCUGUGUUUAUUAUAGUGAUUAUGCAGUAAUAUUAAAACAGAGUAAUAUACCGCACCAGCAUUAGACAACUAUACAGAAAAAAAUAAAAUUGUUGAAAUAACUAAAUCAAAAUGGUGAGAGAUUAACUGAUAAUUGACAUAGAUAUGGUGGUGUAGCAGGGAGAUCGGAUUAUCAUGAUCCAAGAGGUUGUGAGUUCAAAUCUCAGGUGAGGACAUAUUGAAUAAUUUAUUUAUAAAUGAACAUGCAUAAUGUCAAAUAUGUACAUUGAAAACAUUGUAUGUGAAAAGUACUGUGUGUGUGUAACCAGUUGCACAGAUGUUUUUAGUUAACAUGCCCAAGUAACAAUUUAUAGUUGAAUGAACAAAUGAGAGUUGAGCCAACACAUUUUAAAUGGACAGAAUGUUUUGCCCAGGUUUUCUUUAAGUUUGGGCCAACAUUUUUUUUUAGUUCCUGUAACACUUGGACUAAAAAAAGUUGAGUAAACAAAAGAACGGCUAUGGAACCAGUUACAGUUGAAGUCAGAAGUUUACAUACACUUAGGUUGGAGUCAUUAAAACUCAUU